AUGGCGGCAGCCAAGGUCACCCUGUUAGCUUCUCUCCGGGUCACCAAGCAUCAGAUACCCGCGCACAACCUGAUCCCCAACACAUCGCUGCAGCGGAAGCCGCUGCUGCACUACCACGGCGUCUUCCCCUCCUCCAUCACGGCCUCCGCCAUAGAGUCGCACCUCGGGGCGGUCGGGGUCGUGGAGCCGCAGUGGCGGUACACCAUGUACAGCACGACGCACUUCCACAGCACGACACACGAGGUGCUGUGCAUCGCGCGGGGCGGCGCGGCGCUGUGCUUCGGCGGCGAGGAGAACCCGGGCAAGGUCGAGCUCGAGGCGCGCCGCGGCGACGUCAUCGUGGUCCCUGCCGGGGUCGGGCACCGGCUGCUGCGGGAGGCGGAGGAGGGAGGCGAGGGCUUCGAGAUGGUCGGCAGCUACCCGAGGGGCUGCAGCUGGGAUAUGUGCUACGGCAAGAAGGGCGAGGAGGCGAAAGUCAGGGCCAUUGAGAAACUGCCCUGGUUUAGUCGCGAUCCGGUGUACGGCGACGAGGGGCCCGUCUUGAAUGUGUAG